UUUGUCAACGCCGCACUAGAACCCUCUAGAUGGGACCCGCCAGGUGGCUAUGGGGGUGCUCCAAAAGUGACUAUCAAGAACGGAACUAUUGCUGGCUUACACUCUGCAACGUAUAAUGAAGACUUGUUCCUGGGGAUUCCUUUCGCCCAACCUCCAGUAAAUGAGCUCAGAUUUCGCGUUCCACAGAGCAUCAAUACCACCUUCAAAGGAACUCUGCAUGCAACAGAAUACGCACCAGAAUGCGUAGGCUACGGUGGCGACGAUAUUGGGUACACAGUGUCAGAAGACUGUCUUUACCUGAACGUGAUACGACCAUCAGGCUAUGAAAACGAGAAACUACCCGUCGGUGUGUGGAUUCAUGGCGGUGGCCUCUCCAUGGGCGGGACCCAAGACGAACGGUACAACCUGUCUUUCAUCGUCGACAACAGCGUGCAGAUUGACAAGCCCAUUAUCGGUGUCAGCAUUGCAUACCGCCUCAGUGCUUGGGGCUUCCUAACCUCACAGGAAUUCCAAGACGCCGGCCAAACGAACUUAGGACUUCGUGAUCAACGCUUAGCUUUGCAUUGGUUGCAAGAGAACAUCGAAGCGUUUGGAGGCGAUGCCGAGAAAGUGACAAUCUGGGGCGAGUCAGCAGGUGCAGGCUCUGUCGGCUGGCAUCUCACGGCCUACAACGGCCGUGACGACAAGCUCUUCCGCGCCGGCAUUAUGGAAUCCGGCAACCCUAUCAACUAUAACAGUUACCAUGAUAACACUUUCUACCAACCUAUAUACGACAACAUUACAUCUCAAGUUGGUUGUGCGAACGUCACAGAUAGUGUUGACUGCCUGCGCCGCGUGCCAUACUCGACUCUCAAUGCCAUUUUCAAUUCGACAUCGUUAUCUGGACUCUUCCAGCCCAUCGUCGAUCGUGACUUGAUCCAACGCUGGGGCAGCAUCCAACUGGCCGAAGGCGACUUCGUCCACGUCCCCAUCAUCGAUGGAGCGAAUACUGACGAAGGCACGGCCUUCGGCCCCACUGGCAUCAACAAUACCCAAGACUGGAUCAACGCCAUCACUGACCCGUCAGGCCAAAACCCCAUCGCCGCAAACUUCGUCCCCCAGAUCAUGGCGGCCUACCCCGAUUUCUUUGCCGACCUCAUCCCGCCUCCGGCGGAAGUCCCUUGCAACGUCGUCUGGCCACCAGACUUCGGUGCCGACUACCGCCGCAGCUCCGCCUAUUUCGGCGAUCUUGUCAUGAUCGGCAACCGGCGCGGCACAUGCCAGACCUGGGCCAAGAAUGGUGUCGACGCCUACUGCUACCGCUUUAACACCAUCCCCGCCGGCAUCCCGUGGUACACUGGCGUGACGCAUUUCCAGGAAGUCGCCUUUGUCUUCGACAACAUCCACGGCUACGGCUAUAACACCGAGCACGGCACCAUCAACCCCUUUCAAGACAAACCAAAGUCAUACAUUGAACUGGCGAAGCUCAUGAGCCAGAGCUGGGCGUCGUUCAUCUACGACCAGAAUCCGAAUAACUAUACCGGUCGACACGUGGGGACGGCAGAUUGGCCGGUGUACAGAGUGGACGAGCCGCGGAAUAUCGUGUGGGACGCGAACGUGACGGAACUCGCGUAUACGGAGCCGGAUACGUGGAGAGCGGCUGGGAUCGAGUUUAUCUUGGCGCAUCAGCUGGAUUACCACAGAUGA